CGCGCCGACCGGGAGCGUCCUGCUACUGUAAGCCGCCUGUUGGGCCACCAGAAGACGGACUUUGUCGGCAAGAUGAGCGGCGGAGAAGUCAUCCAGCAAGGCUGGCUGAGGAAGUCCCCGCCGGAGAGGAAGCUGCGGAGAUAUGCGUGGAAGAAGCGCUGGUUCAUCCUGCGCAGCGGUCGCAUGAGCGGCGACCCAGAUGUACUGGAGUACUACAAGAACGACCACGCAAAGAAGCCCAUCCGGGUCAUUGACCUGCACUGCUGCGAGCAGGUGGACGCCGGCCUGACCUUCAAGAGGAAGGAGUUCCAGGACAGCUUCGUCUUCGACAUCAAGACCUCGGACCGGACCUUCUACCUGGUGGCGGAGACGGAGGAGGACAUGAACAAGUGGGUGCGCUCCAUCUGUCAGCUGUGCGGAUUCAACCAAUCCGACGACAACCACCACGAUGGCCGACUCCAACAUUUGCCACGUUCUGUGGGAACAGAAGUGGGCGGCUCCGUGGCCCCGCUGAGCGGCGGCGAGCGUCAUCGCAAGUCAUCGGCCCCCGUCCACUCCAGCCAGCCCGUCCUGUUCACCUUUGAUGUGCCGGUUCGCCACUCGCAUCACAGCGCCCUGUGCAACAGCGCCCCCCAGGACUACCUUCUCCUCCACCAGUGCAUGAGCAGGAAGACGGAGAGCGCACGGAGUGCCAGCUUCUCUCAGGCCACAAGAAGCAACGUCCUUUUGGGGAACGACUCAGCGGUCCAGAAGCUGUCCCACGGUUUCUCCCACUGUCUGAACGGGAUGGGGGCCCAGCUGCACGGCUUCUACAGCCUUCCCAAACCCGGCAAGCACCACCUCCCAGCCCCCGACGACUCCCCCGAGGAGGCCUGCUAUGUUCUCCCGCGGGGCUAUGGCACCGAGGCCCUAGGCGGCCCGGCUGAGCUGGACCUGGACAGUGAGGAGUUAUACACCUUCCAGACGCCCUGCAACACCUUGGCCCCCCACCCUAGCGAGCGGCCUACCGACAACUACGACCUCCCCACGCCACCCGGAUCCCUCUACCAAAUCCCAAGGACGUUUGAUAAGAAUCACAACGCGCUGACGCCAUCCAGCUCGGAGUCGUCAUGCGCCCCCCCGCCCAGACCACCAAAGCCCGGCUCGGAUGGCCAGUGGGGGAGUCCUCACUCGCUGGGGAGUCAAAACGGAGAGACGUCGGCAGCGGUGACAGUCAUCCCGCGAAGGAAUACUCUGCCGGCUGUGGAGAACAUCAGGCUGCACAGAGGCUCCUCCUUCCAGACCAGCAGCCACCAGCGUCCUUUACAUUUCAGCAGCUCAGGCCAGUCUGUGGAGUCCGUCAACGACGGCUUCAGCUCCUACCUGAGGACCAGAACCCCGCUGACCCGCUCGGACAGCGGCAACUCGGAUGACAACUACGUGCCCAUGAAUCCCGGCUCGUCGCCGCUGAGCGCCGCCCAGGGGGACAGUCCCAGGAACGUCUACAUCCCCAUGAGCCCCGGUCCCCACCACUUUGACUUCCCAGGGUUUUCGGCAACGCUGCCGGCCCGCAAGGGGAGUGGCGCCUCCUCGUGUCAGAGACCGGGACGCCUCAGCGACGUCACUCCGCCGCCCAUCAACCGCAACCUGAAGCCCAACAGGAAGUCCAAGCCAACACCUCUCGAUCUGAAGAACAACGGCUUCAUUGACGAGCUGCCAUUUAAGAGCCCAGUCACCAUGUCUUGGACCCGGCCCAUGCCGGCUGUGAAUUCCAUGUCCUCACAGCGUUGUCGACCCAUCUCCACCCAAAGCAUCACCAGCACCGACUCGGCAGACAGCGAGGAGAAUUACGUGGCGAUGCAGAAUCCUGCCUCUACCUCGCCGGCCGUAAGCGGCACCGGCAGCCCGGCUCUUCGUAAGUGCGGCAACGUGGACUACCUGGCGCUGGACUUCCAGCCCGGCUCGCCCUGCGCACACCGAAAGCCUUCCACGUCGUCGGUGACAUCGGACGAGAAGGUGGACUACGUGCUAGUGGACAAGGAGAAGACUCAGGCGCUGCAGAACACCAUGCAGGAGUGGACCGAUGUGCGUCAGUCUACCGAGCCCGCCAAGGGGGUCAAGUCUUGACCCUGCGCACACGCAGAAGAAAGCGAGAACGAAGACCAAGCCAUAACGUAUCCAUGCCCCCUUCCGACAGUAGACUUACAGGUGACUUUUAAGCAUCUAUGGACCAAAUAUCAGCAUCGCCCCGCCCCCAGUUCUUCUUUUCUUGCACUAUGAGCGGGUACACACUGAAGGGUGACCAACCCAGGCGCCCAUGAGCAAGCCAUAGCAGCUAUUUUUUGCAACUUAACCCAUUACCUCCUGUGACCUUGCAUCAUAAUGACACUGUUAUUCCACUCUUAUGACACUGUUAUUACACUCUUAUGACAUUGUUGUUACCGGGAUGAAAAAGGCACCCCUCCCCCAUAAAGCGCCACAUCCCUCCCUUUAUGCUGAGCUGCUGGGCAUGUGAGUGUACAGUAGAUGUGCCACUGGAGAGGUUUUACUCGGGGCUUUCCUGGAGGGCACCAAAGAUGACGAUGCAGAAGCAGCCAUGACAUUGCCUUGCAAAGCUAGCUAGCAGGCACUGACCUCACCAAGAUGGCCGAACCAAACAGGAGCAUUCUUCAUCACUUAUUUCAUUUCCACUUCAAAGAAAUAGAAAUGACAGGAAAAGUCACUUUUUUUAACAUGUUGCCCUCCUCCACAAUCCUGACGAUGAACGCACGCUUUCUGUCACAAGACAGUCUUGUAUUAAACAAAACAUGAACAUUAAUAUUACUACCAGGCACCAUAAGAAUGAAAAGUCAUACACGUCAUUUUUUCAGCAGACAGGCACGACCUCACAUGACCCAGUUAGCAAUCAUUUCAUCUGCUUCUUAUCUAGCUUUUAUCUUCUACUGUAACACGUCUUUAGGUACCUAGGAAAUAACAUAUAUUAUUAUUGUGAAGGUCGUAAGGAAGGAAGGCUAUACUUAGCGUGAAAAACAAAAAGCUCCAAUAUGUAGCGUUAGCUUUAGCUAGCACCCUGAGGCAUUGGGAGCCAGUGUGUGCCGAUGCUAGGCGCUAGCCGGCUAGCAGCGAGCUGUGGUGUGGCCAGGUGUCAAUACGCCAGUAAAGUAGUUCUUAGGCGUAACAAUGUUCAUAAGAAUAAUAAUAACAAUGUGCUUCAUAUGCAGCUGAUGUGUUGGACAUUGAGCCUUGUUGGUUUUGGAGGCGGAAUAGGUGUGUCCAAUGACGUAGCUGCCUCUUUUUCUGUUUUUCUGUUCUGUUUUGACAUCUCUAGAAGGCCCAGAAAAGAGGAAGUGUGUUAAUGUGUUAAUAUGUUAAUGUCUCACUUAAGUAUCGUGGCUGAUGGAGAUGGACUUCAUUCCAAAAAAAAGUGCACUUUUCCUUACCGUGCACUAACUGCCUCUUUGACGCCAUCUUGUGUCCAUGAGUUGAAAUUGCCUUACUCAUGUCAGACUAGAGUUGCCUUGGUCAAAUUGCAAUUUGUCCCGUUGUGUUUUUGAGAAAGAGCCAUGUGGGACGCCUGAAGUCCAGUAUUUCAUUGUGGGCUGGAACCACUGGAACCCUUUGCCGGCCAGCCGCUCCACUUCAUGUUUUUUCUACAUUUUUACUGCUUUUCUAUUUUUUGACAUCAUUUGUACUCCUAAGUGCCAGCAGGUGCCAGCAGGUGCAUUCCCAUGCAGCAGGAGGAGUUUUAUGCUGCCAGUCAGUCAGAGAGAGAGAGAAAGGAGGCCGAGCCAGCCAAGGAGGGAAGCAAAAGGACAAAAGAAGCCGUGAAGGAAAAAGCUAAAAGGCAGAUGUGAAGCAAUGAUGUGACUUUGUGUUGUUAGGAUUGUGUGUUGUGUUUCCUGCUGUUGCUACUACUGAAGUUGUGUCUUUAUUUAUUAAUUUAUUCACAUCAUGGCAAAUGUCCAAGGUGUCUCUCACGCACAGGUCAAAUGAUUAGGUACACCUGCACACUGUAAAAGCGCCAAAAUAUGAGGAGCAGCUGUCAUUCUAACGUCAUGCGCUGAAUGGGACAUGUCUUGGCAUCAUGGUGCUUGACUGUGUGCACUGUACCUAAUGAAGCGUCCAGUGAUGGUGGAAGGAAAUAUGAGAGAAGAUGCUCAUCAAGCCUUUGUCAUACCCGUAUCAUGUCUACUGUGGACGUAGAAUAAACCAACACGUCAACACAACGCUUCUUCAGCAGAUCAUUUCAGAUCAUCACUUGCAGGGCAAUGAAAUACCAUAUAUGUGCUCCUAAGACUAUUUGUUUACAUAUGCACAAAUAUGUAUAUAUAUGUAUAUAUAUGUAAAAUAGGCAUGCAACAUAAUUAUUGGACCAAUAAUUAUUAUGCUGAUAUGAGAGAAUCAAGAUACCAAUACAAAUAAAAACAACCCAUCAUUUGAAAAACACCCUCCAAAUGAGGUAGGUUUACCCGUAUUGUCCAGGUGAGCAAAUUAAGUGCUCCUUUUUUGGAAACACUGACUUGAAGAGGAAGGAUGUUGUACCAAAUUAGGGGAAAGAACCCAUGCAGCACAUAGAACCUGGCACGUUUGAAAAGCUCUAAAGGUUUCCCAGAGACCUCCGUGGCAGCACAGCGGCUGCUCGGAGCAUGUGCCCGAAUACAGUGCACCUUGCUGGGCCACAGCAGGUGGCUCCUCCCCCUCUAUACUCUGCUUCUCCUGGUAGUAGUCAUGUCAUGAUGUUUCAUUUGGACACAUCAACACAUCCUUUCGUCCUUCUUACCUCCAGCUGUGCACUAACAACACUGCAAUAUAAUCAACAUUUUAGGUCCACCUAAACCUGUACGAGGUCACCUGUACUUCCUUAUGUCCACCUAGACCUGUACGAGGCCCCCGUACUCCAAUACAUACACCUUUGUGUAUAAAACUAUCAAAUACAAGGCAUGUUUUUCUCAUGUAGGUGUACCGAAUGAUGUUCUUUUUGCUGUAUUCUUGGCCUCCUUCAUUGAAAUCGU